UAUCUUAUCAUGAGGGAGACCACUUCCUAAAUAAAACUUAGCUACAUACCGUACUUUCUCUCUCUCUCAUUAGUUCGUUGUUAUCUAAGUUGCACAAUCUCUCUCUAGACUUUCUCUCUCUAUAUCUAUAUCUCGAAGGCAUAUAUGCAUACCGAUAUAUGUAUAUACACGCGUCGUUAACCAAAUCAAAACCCUAGAAGACCUUCGAUUGCGAUCGGAGAAAGUCGGAAUCGAAAUCGAUGAUCGGCAUUAUGGAUCAGCGCUUUGAUCUGAGCUAAUUGGACCGGAGUUUUGGAGGUUUAUUCUUGAUUGAUUUGAGAUUGGGAGAGAUGUAUAAGAACCAGCUGCAGGAGCUGGCGCAGCGGAGCUGCUUUAAUUUGCCGUCGUACAUAAGCAUAAGAGAAGGUCCAGAUCACGCGCCGCGGUUCAAGGCUACAGUUAACUUUAAUGGCGAGACGUAUGAGAGCCCUAACUACUGCACGACGCUGAGGCAGGCGGAGCAUUCGGCCGCUGAGGUGGCUUUAAAUGCACUCGCUAGCCGUGGUCCGUCUAAUUCUCUGGCUGCUCGGAUACUGGACGAGACAGGGGUGUACAAGAACCUUUUGCAGGAGGUUUCUCAAAGAGUAGGGGCAUCAUUACCAACAUAUACAACUUUUAGGUCGGGCCUUUUGCAUUUGCCAGUCUUCACCUGCACUGUAGAAUUGGCUGGCUGUACAUUUACAGGUGAACAAGCCAAGAAUAAGAAGCAAGCUGAAAAGAAUGCAGCCAUGUCAGCUUGGUCGUCUCUGAAACUUUUGACUCAACAAACAGAAAAUUUGUCAUUGCAAAAAGGGAUCCUGGAGGAGCAGGAGCAUGUGAUUGUUGCUCGUGCUUUACAGAAAUUCAGAUUAAAAGCAAGGAUGUCGAAUAUACCAUUUCCUAUCCAGUUUCCAGCACCGAAUCCUAAACCACAUAAUGCACAGUCAACUCCUUCCACAACAUCAAAAAUACUUCCAUUGAUAUGCCCCAAAACAACCCCUCGAAGUAGGCCUCAUCUCACCACAUUGUUAGAUAACGACGAAGCUCACAACAAAACACCUCAAAACAACAGAAAUGAGAUACAAAAAUCAGCUCCACAAAAACCCCCAUUCAAAAUAAACGAAACCCCCUCUCAAUCAGCAGAAACCCCUCGACCCCACAAGUUCCCUGCAGUUGGAGCUGCACCCUAUAUCCCUGUUCGGCACUUCAGGGCUCAUCAUCAUGGGAUUGCACCGCCAGUCACCAUACGUAAUGCAAUCCCUGUUUUCUCUGCUCCUCCACUUCCUAUUCCACCACAUAUGGGUAUAGCACAGCCAAAUCAGCUUCCUCCACAGUUCAUGUGUGGUGUAGCGCCUCCUGUUACUAUAAGACACGCAGUGCCAGUUUAUUCAGCUCCCAACAUCCCUAAAUCCCCCAUCAAGCCGGUGCCCACCAACUCGAUACCACCAACAGAAGAGAAAGGGCAUGCAGUUCCUGAAGAUUCAAAGCCUGUACCAGUUCCUGUUGCUGGAUUGUCGACACCAACGGAAGAGGGUAAAUUUGAAGAAGCCAAAGUGGAAGAGAAGUUGAAGGAGCUACAGAUUUGAUAUGCAAAAUCUCUAUAAAUCUUGCUUUCUUUCUCUCUAUAUAAUAUAUGUGUUCAGGGAAGAACGAGAGACGAGCCCUCUUGCGGGUGUCGUAUUUUUGGUUGGGGUUUAUUGUAGUAGGUUUGGUUGUCUGGACAAGGGAAGAUGGGUUUUUUUCUGAAACAAGGGCAUGUUGCAGUGAUCCGGAGUGUAGGUAGAAUCUGAACACGAAAUUGUUGUAUAAUUUUACGAUUUGGUAAUUUGGCACUCGGAUUUAUCAAC